CUAAGCAGCACAGCUCUUUACAACCCUACCGAGCCUGUCUGACAGAGAGAGCAAGACAGCGUUUGUGUGUGUGUGUGUGUGUGAGUAGAGAGGCAGCCAAGAUGAGAGUGUGAAGCAGUGAGAGGGAAAACCUAGAAAAAACAGCGAAGGCGAUCAGAAAGGGGAGGAGGGAGACAGCAAAUACAGCAAAAAGGCAUAGCAGAGUAGAUAGUCUUUGAUAGUCCUGGUGCCAAAGUCAAGAGAUGCAAUGACUAGAUGACCAGCCACUACACACACCAGCAUCCUGUCCUGGAGCCUUGACAGGAGGGGACAAGAAAAAUACACACACACUCAAAGGCAAAACACUCUCUUCAACCAGUCCCACAUCCACUGGAUCAUGUCGUCUACUGGGUCAACCAACCACAACAAACGUCUGGCAUCGGAGAAAGACAACUCUCAGCGGGUUUUGGACAAUGAUUCUGCUCAGCACCUGAAGCUGAAGGAAAGACACCGCUUUUUUGAAGAGGUCUACCAGCAUGACGUGGACAACUACCUGCCCUCUGCUCACCUGCAGGUCGACUGCAGGAAACCCCCCAUGGGAAGUAUCUCUUCUAUGGAGGUAAAUGUGGAUGUCCUGGAGCAGAUGGACCUGAUGGACUUCUCUGACCAGGAGGCCCUGGACGUGUUCCUCAACUCAGGCUCAGGAGCAGAUGAGGGAGCGCUGGCAUCUCCACUACCAGGUGCAGAGGACGAAGAAGAGGAUGAGGAGGAUGAAGAUGCGGAGGUUGUGUACAGGGAGCGCGCACCUUUGAAACGGCAAGAUGAAGUUCAACGCGGCUCAAAGUCACGCAUGUCCUCUACAUCAUCGGGUUCCAGCGAUACCAGCGGGGGCGGAAUCGACACACCCGUGAUCCAGUCAGACGAUGAAGAAGUCCAUGCCGACACUCUGCUGCUAACCUCUGUUCCCCAUACCAGGGAUGAAGAAACAGAGGAGGAAGACGAGGAGGAAAGAUGCCUUGUAACUAAAUCUUAAUAAAGACUGAAUUUAACUCUCUUUAGACACAUAUAGAGUUGGUAAAAAGAGCCUGAGAUCUCUCUGUCUCAUUUGCAAUCCUUUCUUUGGGGGAAAACCUUAGCAUGGUUGACCUGGCUGUGAUUUUCUGCAUCUUUUGAAUAUUUCCCUGAGUACACUGGAGUUUUCAUUACAACUUAAAAUCUAUUUUUCCUAAGUGUUAAACACUUUAUAGUAAUUAAUUGUGUGUUGAAACUCUUAGCAAUGGUGUCUCAAGUAUCUUGAAAUGUGUAUGCAAACAUGAGUCAUCCCAUUCCAAUGCACUAACGUGUUCUGGCUGAGACACAAAAUAGUCAGUUCAAGAUUCAAUGCCAGAGGGAAACCACCCUCCAGCAAGGAUGCCGUUUUAUCAUGAAUCAACAUGAGGCAGAAAUCAUGCGCAGUGAACAAAACCCAACAAAAAGUUGAAUUUCUUCAUGAACAUCAUCAUGAAUCUAUUGCCACGUGCAUGUGCAAACUAUUUACAGUAUCAUGAAUGGAACUCUAUUUGUAAAUGCAUGCAAUUUGUUCUUGUUAGUGACUACAUUAUGUUUUCAAAUGUAACUGCAGAGUGAUGCAUUACUGUACUUAAAGUUACUCCUCUCCUGCACGUAACGUGUGUAAUUUGGGAGUUUGUGUGUGUGUGUGUGUGUGUGUGUGUGUGUGUGUGUGUGUGUGUGUGUGUGUGUGAGGGUGUGGAUGGUAAAUAUUACAAUACAAGAGGUAUUCCCCUGGUGCUUCUUUCAAAGCAACCUUUUUACAGUGUUAAUCAUGAUGUGUAACUCUUCCCCACUUAAACAUCUCACCAUGAAAUCAAUAAAAAUGAAAUAAAGGUUAAAACCACUAAAUUUA